GGCGCAGCGUGAGGGGAAGGGGGAACUUGUUCAGAUGGCGGCUACCACAGAGAGCAGCGAUGCCGGCGCUGGCAGUAAGAGAAGACACUUAGGAAUCCCCGAAGCAGUGUUUGUGGAGGAUGUGGAAGCGUUCAUGAAACUGCCUGGCAAUGACACAGCGGACGCAGUGCUGAGGAAACUGGACGAGCAGUAUCAGAAAUACAAGUUCAUGGAGCUGAACCUGGCUCAGAAGAAACUGAGGUUAAGAAGUCAGAUCCCCCAAAUUAAACAGACAUUAGAAAUUUUAAGACACAUGCAGAAGAAAAAGGAGACCACAGAUCCCAUGGAAACACGAUUCCUAUUGGCUGACAACCUCUACUGCAAAGCCUUGGUCCCACCCACAGAUAAAGUGUGCUUGUGGUUAGGGGCGAAUGUGAUGCUGGAGUACGAUAUCGACGAGGCCCAGGCGCUCCUAGAGAAGAACCUGGCCACCGCCACACGAAACCUGGACUCGCUGGAGGAGGACCUGGACUUCCUCCGAGACCAGUUCACCACCACCGAGGUCAACAUGGCGCGAGUGUACAACUGGGACGUGAAGAGGAGGAACAAGGACAACCCUUUGAAGAGCAGCGAGAAGUCUUAAUUGACACGCCGUGCUCAAGAGCCCAACAAUCUUUUCUGUUCUACAAAAUCAAGUUUCUUUUUUUAAUUUUAUUCAGAGACUGGAUAUCCUUCACACUCACACUACUUUACAAGCCAACAGAUAACCCGCUAGCAGUGAGGCAAGGCGCAAGAGUCAGAGCCCUGGCGCGCUUGGAGCAGCCCGCGGAGGCGGUGAUUGGGGUCCGCGGAUGGUUCGCAGUGGCUGAUGUGCGGCCUUGUAUACAUUCUGUAACCAGGCACUCAGUAGUAUUGCUUUGGCCACUUGAGAGUGACCAGGUGGCGACCAAAACCUUUUAAA